AUGUCCGGAUCGCAGGACAAGCCGAAAGGCAAAAAGCAAUUCGACCUGAUACAUCGGGGGAGGAAGCAGCCCUCACCCUUGGGCACUGCGACUUUCAUCGGUCUACGACUCUUGGACAUACCGUGGCAAUAUCAUCUGCUGCAUGAUGGAACGGCCGAACACGCAAUCAGCGCGCUGAGAUUGCCUGUCAUAGUAUCUGGUGCACAGCAGACGGCGGCCGCUCUCACCACGACAGGCGUGGCAUGGCUGGCGCCCAUUGGCCUGCCUGUGCCUCGUCUCAUCCUUCUCGCCAUGGCCACUGGAUCGACACUGAAGCAGAUUUUCUGGCAGACCUAUUUGAGCCAGGAAGAGUUUCCGCCUGGUGCUGCGGCGGCUGUCAGCAUCUACAACACCCUCGUCAACACAGCCAACACGCUGCUCUUCGUUUGCGCGUCUACUUCUUCCUGGACAUCUUGGGGCCCAAGAGUUACGGUCCUUGGUGCGGAACUACCUCUAUCUACCGUUCUGGGAUCUGUGGCAUAUGCGGCAGGUAUAACAAUUGAGACGGUGGCGGAGUACCAGCGAUUAAAAUUCAAACAAAACCCGAAGAACGAGGGCAAGGUGUGUAAGGUUGGUCUUUGGAGUUGGGCGAGGCACAUCAACUAUUUCGGGUACGCCUUGUGGCGCGGAGGUUACUGCAUGGCUGCAGCAGGCUGGAUCGGCGGCCUUGCUAUGGGCAUCUGGCAGGGUUGGGACUUGAGUACUCGAGCUGCGGGUGUCUUGGACGACUACUGUACCAACAAGUACGGUGAACAGUGGGCACAGUUCAAGAGAGAUGUGCCUUACCGCAUCGUACCGGGUCUUUACUAA